UUGUACUAACUAAAAUUACCUUGGUUUUACAUUUCUAUCCUGAGUAUUGUAAUAAUUAUGAAUAUAAUCAUUACAAUAUCCAUUUACAUUUAAAUCGCAUACUUAAUAUUUAGCGGCAUCACUUUCAUGUUUGUCAAGUUUGUUUAUAUUUGUGUUUUUAAAGAAAGAAAAAAAAUCCAUAAUGUUCUAAAACUAUCGUCUUAUGAGGCGGCGUAGAAAGUGUGAACAAUGAGCGCAGUGUCUAUCAGCGAUGGGGUGGUGGUACUGGACGGAGGGUUCGCCACGCAGCUGUGCCGACACGUCACAGAGCCGAUAGAUGGAAACCCUUUAUGGAGCGCUAGUUUCUUGGCCUCCGAUCCACAGGCAGUUGUGAAAACACACCUUGAUUUCCUUAGAGCUGGAGCAGAAGCUAUUAUAACCAACACUUAUCAAGCGAGUAUUGAUGGUUUUAUGACACAUCUGGGUUUGUCUGAGGACGAAAGUUACGCACUGAUCAAGAAGGCUGUGGAACUGGCACAGGAGGCUGUCAAACUCUACAUGGAUGAGUUUCCAGCCGCGAGGCGGCCGCUAGUGGUGGGGUCGGUAGGGCCGUACGGAGCGUCCUUGCACGACUACUCGGAGUACACGGGCGACUACGUGGAGCGCGUGGGCUCCCGGGAGCUGCGCGACUGGCACCGGCCGCGGGUCAGGGCCCUGGUGGAGGCCGGGGUGGAUAUCCUGGCCUUGGAGACCGUCCCAGCCCAGACGGAGGGCGAGGCGCUGGUCCAGCUGAUGAGCGAGUUCCCACGCAGCAAGGCCUGGCUGUCCUUCUCCUGCAAGGACGACACCCACACGUCCCACGGAGAGAAGUUCCAGGACGCAGCGCGGGCCUGCUGGGACCGGGACUCCUCGCAGCUCGUGGCAGUCGGAGUGAACUGCGUUAACCCAAGUUUCGUCUCUUCCCUCUUCACCGGCAUCAACAAAGGCAGGCAGAACUGCCCGAUCCCGCUGGUGGUGUAUCCCAACAGUGGGGAAAAGUAUGAUUUGAACAGAGGUUGGGUGGAAGUUGACAGCUGCAAGCCAGUCCACAGCUUCGUCAAGGAUUGGCUGGACCUGGGUGUAGUCUACGUGGGCGGCUGUUGCAGGACUUACGCCGACGACGUGAAGAACAUCAGCAGAGAAGUGAAGGAGUGGCUUGCAGACAGGAAACAAAACAACUUGAAAGCUUAGCAAUUGAGAAUGUGGCGGAAUGUUGACUUGCCUUUGUGAACUGCCAUCCAAAUGAACAAAUACAGAAAGCUUUAUUUUUA